UGUAGUUUUAGGCGGACACCAUUGUAAACUCAUAACCAUUAUUGAUUGGCUUAAUCAAUUCUCUCUAUAAAAUGGGAGCAAAACUUUCGAGUUAGAGAAAAACAUAUAAGAAUUAAAAACACAUACAUAUAUAUUAUAUUAAAUUAUAGUGCUUUAAUUUUCUUAUUAUAUAUUUAAUAAAAUAUGGGAAUAAUGAUCAGAGUAAUAAUGAUUUUUGUAGGCAUGCUCUUAUUCCAGUUCUUAGUCGCUUUUGCAGACAAGGGAACCGCAACUUUCUACACACCUCCAUAUACCCCGUCUGCAUGCAAUGGAUUCGAAGAGGAAGGAGUUAUGAUAGCAGCAGCAAGCGAAGCCAUAUGGGAUGAUAAGGGCGCAUGUGGAAGAAUGUAUAAGGUGAGAUGCAUCGGCGGCACCAACCAAGGUGUUUCGAACCCAUGCAGGGGUGGAGGCUCUAUCGUCGUCAAAAUCGUCGACCUUUGUCCCUCUCCUGGUUGUCGCGGAACCAUUGAUCUCUCUCAAGAAGCUUUUGCUAUGAUUGCUGAUCCUAAUGAAGGAAAAAUAAACAUCAAGUUCACUCAGUAAGUAAUAACUUUGCUAAUAAUUAAUUAAUUUAUAAUAAUAACUUUGAAGUUUAAUAUUCUUAUGUUUAAUUAUAUCAUGUGUGAAUUUCGUAGGGUUUGAAGAAACUUACGUACGUAUACGAUCAAGAUCUUAUGUAUUACAAGGGAUUUAAUUAUUUGUAGUUUAAUUUAAGCUAUUAAUUAAGAAAUAUAUAUAACUCUCCAUGAUGUUAUAAUGAAGUGCUAUCGAUUGUAUAAUUAAUUAGAGCAAAUCUCCAUUUAUAUUUUAUUUGUAACUCUCCACCAA